UUGUGUUCUUAGUAAUUUCCCAAUGCAAUGUAGUGGAACCUGUCUUUCUCAAUACUGUACUGUAUUGUGUUCUUAAACUUCUGGUGACGCAUGUUGCAGUUUGAAUUGCAUUCGCCUGUUUGAAAGUUCGUCACCUGUUACUCUUCUUGAGAUGUAUUUUUUUAAACUUUUCUUGAAAUCGAGGAACCUAAUCUCGUUAUGACUCUCUAGCUUUAUGCACGACUAAACUAGCGAUUUACACAACAACGUCCAGCUAAAUUUGGCAUCUGUUGAAAUAAGCGCUUUGCCAAGCUCUCAACGAACCUCUCUGAAAGAUCCACCACAGGAAAUGCGACGUUAUUCAAAAAAGAAAUGUGCCGUGUUGCUGUUGCUGCUCGUUGCGGGGGUCUUCUACUUGGUUUACCAUUCACAGUCAUUUAACAGUGACCUGAACAAAUCAGAGGAGCCCGUGUCAAUGAACUUAACAUGGAAGGCACAAAGGAUGUCCAGUAUGGAGUCAUGGGUGGAACAGGGAGACUACCUGCCUCUCAAUGUGACCUAUCAACUGCUUGCAGGAGUACCAGUCGCUCAGUCUAGAUAUCUAUGUAUUGGAAUAUCAUCGGUGAAGAGGAAGAAGGACAGCUAUCUGAUCUCCACAUUAGUGUCCCUCUUCUCCCAAUCGUCUCCUGAAGAGCGCUCCUCCAUGGUGGUUGUAGUGCUGCUUGCAGAUUUUGACAUCUACUGGCUGACGACCACGGUGACGAAGAUAAAAUCACAAUUCUCUUCAGCGCUACAGCAAGGUCACCUGUUGGUCAUUCACGUUCCUGAGGAAUGCUAUCCACCUACUGCAGGUCUAAAGCAGAACUACAAUGAUGCUCCAGAAAGAGUAUCAUUCCGCUCCAAGCAGAACCUGGAUUAUGCCUUUCUUGUGCACUACAGCGCAGGCCUCGGCAGAUACUACCUUCAGCUAGAGGACGACGUCUCCUCUGCAAAGAACUUUCCCACUACCAUAAAAAAGUAUAUUCAGGAGCAGGAAGCCAAGAAGACAACCUGGGCAAUGCUAGAGUUCUCCAGCCUUGGCUACAUUGGGAAACUCUACAAAUCGGCUCAUCUCCCUCUGCUGACACGUUUUCUCUUCCUCUUCUAUCAAGAAAUGCCUUGCGACUGGUUGAUGUCUCACUUUCGACUGCUGCUGACUCAGAAGGAGCCUAUCCUUUUCAAGCCUUCAUUAUUCCAGCACAUAGGAACUUUCUCCUCAUUCCAAGGGACUUAUAACAAUCUAAAAGACAAAGACUUUGAGGAGAGUGUUUACUCCAAUCCUCCAGCUGAGGUUUUCUCUGACAUGUCCACCUAUAAGAAACACUUUCCCAAACUAGCCUGGGAUGCCGGGGAAGGAUUCUUCUGGGGCCUCCCCCCAGAGAAAGGCAACCAUUUGACUGUGGUGUUCACAGACCCAAGAGUGGUGACAGAAAUAACCGUAGAGACUGGGUCAGAGGGGAAAGAUAUCUUGGGCUCAGCACAGGUGGAGAUAGGACACAGGGUGAUCGCCAUUGCAAAAAGGGAGAAAACCUGCAGGGAUUUCCAUGCAUUGGGAUCUCUGGACAACGGUUGGUUUGUGAUGCAGCAGGUAGAUAAAAACCAUCGGUCCGCCUCUUCGUGUUUGAGGAUACAAGUCACCGCUGGGCAGAAGGAGUGGGUCAUCAUUCGGAAAAUUAGGAUCUCAACAAAACCUAGCUCACUUUCACAGCAAGCACAAAUGUGAAUUGGUGUCAGGUUUAGUAGGGGUUUUAAAAUCAAGGGGGUGAGGCACCGGAGCACUCCAAAGGGAGGAGCAGCAGCUCAGGAAAAAUACAUAUCAUUAGAGUAGCAAGGUGGGAGGAAGUAGAAAUAUUUGGGAAACCGAGCCAACGCUCCUCUAUCUCUUCAUGUAAAGGAGACGUCUACUAAAUUGACGUCACAUCAUUGCCACAACACACAAAUGUCCGCUCUAUGCUUCACGUUUUAAUUUAAAGUCAAACGGAAUCUCAGCACUAUUACUCAAAAUAAUGCAGAUUCUUGGAUGAUUGUCCGUGGUCCCCUCUAGUCUCCCCGGCCUUUGCACAUAAGAUUUUUGGCUUCUGGUGACCAAUAGGUCAGAUGUGUACGGAUGAGCGUUCAUACUGCAUACACAUCACAUACACAUCCGAUUUAUAUCCACACACACAAUAAAACUUGACUUGAUAUGAUAUGAAAAAGGCUCAGAAUGGAUUUGGAAAAAUCGAAAUUACGCUUACAUCUUACAUAAAAAAUCACAUGCAUGUCACAUAUGAGAAGGAAACUCUGAACUGAGCUGCAGUGAAAAUAGCUGAAAUGUCAUAUUUGAACAAAAAGACACAAUCAAGAUUUCUCUAAUACAGUCUUUGUUCAUCAAAUGUCCAUAUGUGUUCAACCAAUGUGCCUGGUUAUCUUAGAAACACUAUUAGCUAUGAAAGAUUCCAACCUCUCCUGUUGCACUCUCAAAUCAAAGUACAUAAACAGCGUUUGUCAACAACCUAUUGAAGCGAUAUGCCAGAAGUAAAUACAAAUUAUCUGGAGAAUGUGUGUCUUAAUUCAUUCACUUGCAAUUCCUAAAUUAGCAGCUGUCGAUUUGGAGGUGGUCAGGAUGUGGUGACUCAUGUGUUUCAUGAGGUUUUAUUGAGCUGAGUCACAAGUCAUGGGUUGAGAGCCAAUCUGUGUUCAGGGCAUUGUUCUGUUUUUCCUCAAAAUUCUUAAAAUUGAUUUCCAUUGUGUGCUCCAACAUGCAAGUAUGUCAACACUGAGGGCUCUGCAGAAUGAGCUUUCUUGAACCUGACCAAUACUAUGCCAGCGACAUAGUCCUGCUUGUCUAAUUUCUGCUGGGUGCGACAGGAAAAUGUGCAUUUCUUUACUUUUCUUUGGUUAAAUUUUGGAAAUACUGAAAUAGGAGUUGCUACAAAAAUUGCUAAACAAGCUCUCCUGUUACAACAACACUUUGACAACAUUUGACUCCAGAAUUUUCAAGGGCAUUCUAAAUGGACAGCUGUUCAGCUGAGAGACCAGAGAGGUAUCACAUUUAAAUGACAGUUCUUAGAAAUUUCUAUUUUUACAGUAGUUUGAUCUGGUGCAUCAGUACAAUCGUCCCAAUUUAGAAAAGGGGCUAGUAUGUAUUUACUAUUUUUUAUUAGAGUGGGGCUGACAUAGGUCCUGUAUUGGGCCUUGCUUGGUGGCCUUGUCGUGUCGUGGGCAGCAAAGCUGACAUUGCCCUUUGGCUCAGCGGCCAGCUUGUCACAGUCUUACUAGCAUUGUGGCUGUCCCUGGCAGGCAGAGUGACAGAUGAAACUUCAUCUGUUUCCGUGUCCUGUCCCUGGUUGCCAGUUCUUUGGUGUGCAGAAAUGGGACGACUCUGUGAUGCUUGCUGUGCUUCAGCUGCUGAUGGAGCCACGGAGGUUGAGACCGCACCAUCCUGUUCUACACCCCUAGUCUGAAAUUAUUGUGAGAGGACAGAUUUGAAUAUGUACUGAUGUAGUAGGUCUAAAUAAAGCAGUGAAUUCAAAUAUCAGGGGGUAGAUGACCACAAAGUGUGUCACUUGCCACCGACAGACAUUGUAGGGGUAUAGCGCCAUUACUGUCCACGGGGAGAACCUUUUUGACAAUAAUCUCUUACAAUAAAGCACAUUUUAUGAUAA